GAGGGGGACUGCUGGGGACCCUGACAGAGGUCCAGACGCCGGGGGAAGUGACGGUUCCAAGCCCCGCUGACCCUAUUUAGAGACCAGGAGAGAUUGCUCCAAAUGGUUCGUGACAAUCCAUUCAGGGAGUUUUCAGAAAAUUAUGAUGGUAGCCGGUGUUUCCAUGGCUCUUUUAAGGCCGAAGAAAAAAGGUCGUUGGUGGAGUUCGUAUGUGCUUCGAGGGUGGUGCCUUCUCCUCCUCCUCCUUUUAAGAGGGCAAGGACUAAUACCCCUAGCUCUUCUCUGUCGGGGCCCCCUAGACAGGCUAGUCUCAUAGAGGAAGGUCUCGAAGAUGCUCCUCCUCUUUUUUUGGUUGGUAUUUCCUCAUCUCCCAGAGAUGGUUCUAGUACUGCCACGGGGAUCGAGGCCUGACGCAGUGUUCGACCCAGACGGAGGAUCCGCCUAGUUGCUUCCCUUUGGGUGAUGCUUCAGCGUCCAUGCUACGAGAUGUAAGGUUGGCAAGGGAGAGAAUUUAUGAUUUUGUGUCUGUUAUUGAAGCCCAAGAGGUUGCUUCUCGGGGUCUGGAGGGCGUGG